CCUUCAGGUAUCACAAAAAAUGGGCCUUCGAAACCGAAGAGACAGACACCACGGCUGGAUGCUCCCAUGUCGCCAGGUGAUGGAAAAUCAACAACAGGAGGAUGCUGACCUCAUCAAACCCAGGAAGCUUCCAAAUCCCGUCCUGGCGUCCCACCAACGCCGGGCUCUUCAUGAAGAGCUGCUGUUCUGUCACAGGCGUGGUGUGCUGCCACGACGAAAGCCAGAGCUACAGAGUGUCCUGGAACACAAACAGAGGGAGCUGCACAAGCGGAGGGAGCUGGCUCUGCUCCCUCCCUCUGACCUAGAGCUGAAGCUACGCACAAGGCAGCAGAGAAUACAAGUUUACGAGCUGGAGGAGAAGAAGAGGAGUGAGCGUCUGAAGAAUGUACCGGAGUUUGUCCGGGUGAGACAAACCCUGAGGCAUAUCUCAAAUUCCUCCUCGUGAUGGCUACAGCAAAAGGUGCAAAUAUUAACACAGUCCACGAGUUCCUUCUGGGCGCCGCUGUCGGUCGUACAUUAUUUUGAGAGUAAUGUUUGAGUGUGAUUCAGGUAAAUUCAGGAGGCAGUUUGGGAGAUUAAAGGCUUCAUAUAAGCCUCGACUAAACUGUUGACCUCAUUUUCUUGCAGCAAAUAUUCGGGACCGAACUGGGAAUUACUAACACAACUCAUGAAAUAUUGUACCCAUGAAAUCAAAUAUAUUGGUGUAUAUUGCUUUCGAUGUAUUAUACAUCUGUAUGUUGCUUUCUUUUUUACAUGUCACCUACCGUAUAUGACGCUGUACAACAUAUUUAUAAAACUAAAAGGUGUUUUGUGUUGUGUAAUACCCAUGUAAGAGAUUUUGGAGUUCAUAAUGUCCUGGAAUACAUUCUGAUGACUCAUCCUGCACAAGGGGGCGUAUAGUAAUUUAGUAGCCAAUGGCGUGCUAGCUUGA